GUCAUGUCCACAGUUCUCAAGUCGGUGGAUUAUGAAAUCCUCGGCCGGGUACAAGGUGUAUGUUUCAGAAUGUACACAGAGGAGAAGGCUAGGAAAGUGGGAGUGGUUGGCUGGAUUAGAAAUUCCAGAGAAGGGGCGGUUACUGGCCAAGUUCAGGGUCCUGAAGACAAAGUAAAUGAGAUGAUGAACUGGCUGGCCAACGUUGGAAGCCCAAGCUCCAAAAUCGAGGAGGCAAAUUUUUCUAACGAAAGGGAGAUCCCAAAACUUGACUUCGAUUCAUUCAUCACAAGAUAUUAACCGAAAAGAACAACACUUGGUUUGGAAUUUUCAUCCUGCUGCUGUUGUAUUAUAGUUUCCACACUUCCUUAAAGUGCCAAAAUUACUGCAAACUAGGAAACUGGAACAAAUCUCUCAAUUGUGUUUGGUAGAAAUUGCAAAGUCAAACAAUAUAGGGGUGGGUGAAUAGGACUUGAUCUAAAAGUAAUUUUAAUGCAUAAAGGAUCCCCUAAAUUGGGACUGAUUCUGGUUUUUUGAAAAACUGAAUUGCACCAAAAUUGCAUUUUGUCUGAGAAGGUGUUGAGAUCAAGUAACAAAUCAAACUUCUUUUCCAGGAUUAAUCGCAAUUAAUGGGAGCAAAUUUCAGAGGGAACAUUGCAAAUUGAGACGAUUUGACUCAUCUCCUCCCUUUGAUUCUAGAAUUGUUUAAGCCAGAUAUGGGUGUUAAUUAGUGAAAAUUAACAAAACCUAGAUAUGUUAGAUAUGGUUAGGCUUUUACUUUCCCAUCUACUUUGAUCUAUGUUAAUCACAACAUAAAGUAAGCAGGAGAACAUGGAUUUUUGUAGGACACAUAACUGCAUUGGACUUAGGGUUUAGGUUGUUAUUCCCAUGUAUUAUUUAUAUAUUUACAUUUCAAUUCUAUGUAUAUUGACUUGAAAAUAAGUUCCCUUGCUUCUGAUGGAAAUUACUCCUGAAUUAUUAUGUAUAGAAAAAAGCUUGUAUUCUUAAAGCUUAGUAAUGACCAGAUCAGAUCAAAGCUAUUAAACACCUUGCACUCCAAGCCAAAGCAAGAACAAAAACACUACAAUAGUUUACAUUGGUUUUAGUCAAUCUUCCUUCACUGUGAAUUUUUCCCCCACCUCAAUACUGACUGUGCUGUACUAAAAUAACAAUAAAGACAAAUAUUGUCUUUAUGCAUUGAUUAGUGUACAUGGGCUCAAAUAAAUAUUGAUUGCCACAGAAAA